UAUAUAUAUGCAUGCAUAGAGGUGGUGUGGCUAAUGAGUGUAUGAUAAAACUCUAGAAAGGAAAAAGUGAAAACGGAUUUAAGACUAAAAAAACUAAAGACUGUUCCUUGGAAUCUUCAUAGAAAGUUUUCCAAGUGUGUUUGAGAAACACGAAGCAUACGGGGAUUGGUCCUAUAGAAGAGGAUCAACCAGCACUGAUGGAUGGGAUUAUGAUGAUGAUGGUCAAGCAAGUACUGCUAAAAAAUGAAUUCCAAUGUGGUGUUCCCAUCUCCAUUGCCAUUUUUUCAUCUUAAUUUGGUGCUAUCCUACGUGAGCUUUGGUGUUUUUAAAGAAUUCUUAGAAUAUUUUUCUUUUCUUUUAUAUAUCAAAAUAGUUGAACAAAAUACAAAUGAUAGUGGCACUGUGGAGGUGGGGAAGCAGAAAAGAAGGUUAUGAAGCAAGAGAGGAACUCAAGGGAGGCUCCAGUGUCGUCAGACUUUGAAUUCUCAGUAUCAAACUACUCCAUGAUGAGUGCUGAUGAGCUUUUUUUUAAGGGUAAGCUUUUGCCAUUUAAAGAUAAUUGUAAUAAUCAAAUGCAAAGGACUUUGAGGGAAGAGCUUCUUGCUGGAGAUGAUGAUGAUAAUAAUGUGACACUAACGCCUCCUAAGGGUUCCACAAGGUGGAAGGGAUUUCUGGGGCUCAAGAGAACCCACAUUGGUUCCAAAAAAGCUGAUAAGAUUAAUGAAGUGUCCAUGGAGAGAAUGGGUGACAAUAAAAGGUUUGCUUUUGUUCAUGAGGACACCCAUGUCGCCAAAACUUCACAGGAACUUUUGACUGAAGGAGGGUCAGGUUACAGGAAUGUGGAGAUUGGAAUAUAGUUACAUUUCUUGAAGGGCAUCAUAACUUGUAGAAAUAUGGAGUAUUUUUUUAAAGGAAGAUUGGAGGGUGGCUUUCUUUUCUUUUUCUUUUUUUUUUUUGAAGAUCUAAAUUAAUUUGUAAUAGUGGGGUUGGUUUGAUUUUUUUUUCUCUGCUUCAUUUGGGAUUUUACUGUUCUUAUUUUUCUUUUGUUUUUUAAUGUCUUAGGAUUUGGUUGUUUAGCUGUUCCUUUGUACAAAAUGUUUGCAGUUCAAGAAUUUAGUUGUAAUGUUCAGCAACUGAUAGAUCUGUAUUAAGUCAUGUUUUUCUGGCUCGGAUCUACUAAUGUAAUUUCCUCUUUUGAUUUGGAUCUGUUCAUGUAUUUUACUAUUAUUAUUGAAAGUUGGGAUCUUGAACGGAUAA